CAUUUUUGAUAGACGUAACUAGAUCCGAAUGUUUCUUUCUAACAAAAGUUACAGAACGAAACAGACAAAAUAAUGCAGUUAUAGUUAAAGUUUGAUUUCGAAAAGGAUAUUUUUCAUCAAAAUGCUUGGUUGUCGUAUGUGCCUUGGGUUUCUUCUGCUUAUUCUGAACACUAGCCAAGCACUAGAUGUAGACACUUCAAAAUUUGAGAAACUGGUGGUUCUUCCCCGCUCCAACAAGAUUUCCAGUGUAGAGCAGGCUGCCGAUGGCGACACAGCGACCUGUAUACAAUAUAGACGGCCCCGCAAAAACGCCCGUGUAUGGAUCGACCUUCGGGGCCUCCAUAAUGUACAUCGCGUCAUCGUCAGACACAGCGGCAUAGAUUCUAAUUCAGAUUUACAAAUGAUGAAAAACAUCCAGAUCAAACUGUCUGAUACAACGUCUGCUUCCAAUAAGAAGAACUGCUUUACAAACUAUGACGACAUACCAUCGGACGGCGCCAUGGAUACCAACACCAGUUGUGUCCUCCAAUCAGCACGGAGUGUCUACGUCAUAAGGCCGACGGAGCUGCGCUUCUGUGAAGUUGAAGUAUACGGUUGUGUAUCUGGUCGCUGGGGAGCAGCAUGUGAACACACGUGCGGCGCAUGUGCAGCAGGAGACACUUGUGACUCUGUAACUGGAAAUUGUCCGGGCGAAUGUGCGAAAGGAUGGAAUGGAUAUCUCUGUAAUAUAGCAACCUUGACAACUACAGCAACAACAAUAACCCCAAUUAUAACAUCACCGCCAACAACUAAAACAACAACAACAACAACAACUAUGACAUCACCAACAACAGCAAAAUCAAAAACAUCCUCGUCAACUACAACAACAACCCCAAUUAUAACAUCACCGCCAACAACUAAAACAACAACAACAAUGACAUCACCAACAACAGCAAAAUCAAAAAGAUCAUCGUCAACGACAACAACAACAACAACGAUAGCGACAGCACACUUAACAACAAAAGUUCCAAAAAUCAACAUGACCUCACUACCAAAGACUAGCACAAUCACAGUUAACACCACAGUUGCCACAACAGACACGAAUAUAUCCCAAGAUAUGCUUUCAAGUAGUCCACCGGAUGCUGCAACUACGGUAAGCGCAGUUACGUCUGCAAUUUCGGGACAAACGGAACACACGUCAGGAAUGACCUCGACAGUGCCGAAACAAACCUCCGGAAGUUUUCUUUUUGUAACUGAGGACGAAAGGACUACACAGUCUACUAGUACGAUUGAUGGAAGUAGGCUUAAUAUGUCAUCUUCAUUUCCAUCAACAUUUUCAUCAGUGACGUCUGGCAACACUCAAGUAGGUUCUACAAGCGAUACACGAGCAAUAAUGACGUCACCAACAGAUGUAUCAGAUGUCCAAACUACUGGAAGUAACAAAGUGAAUGAGUCGACCAGUAUGUUCUUGGACGUUUCACAUUCUACAACAGAGGAGAGCACUAACGUCAUUGACAUUGAUGGUUAUACCGAAGAAACAGCUACCUCCUAUGAUGAAGCUUCAGAAGAUUUUAACUCUUCACAUAUACAAAAUGUAACCUCUAACCCGAAUGUCUUUUGGAACACAUUAGAUGAUGAUUCAGGAACAACUCUUAUGCUUUCCUCCCCAGUAGAAGAAAGUUCCUCUCCCACAACAACUAUGGACGUCGACUGGUCCGGGGACGGUACCGAUGAAUCACGGAAUGAUUCGUUAGUCACAACGCAAGACUUGGAUAGUGUAACCUCUGAAAUGCACAUAUCAGAAAUAGUUACAGAGAACGUGUGGUCAUUCACUGUAACAGAAGUAAGCAGCACAGUAUUUUUUUCGGAUGACGUCACAAAAUCUUCACAAGUCGUUCGAGAAGUAGAACUAACAGCCCCGAAUGGUAAAGAGACGUCUGGUAUGGACUGUGAAGGAUUCUCCUGCUCCAAGAAUUACCUCGUCGUCUUGAUUGCAGUGGUCGUUGCUCUUCUCUUAUUUUCCACCCUUAUUAUAACAGUAUACAUGUAUAGACGAAGGGUGCGCCAGAAGAGAAGCCAUGACUUUGAAAAAGGUGACAGCUUCAAGGGUUUUAACGGACUGCCUCUCCCUGACAUUGCAGCUGCAGCAAAGACAUAUGGAAGCAAUGGAGACAUCACAACUACUAAAGUGGACGACACUGAGGACAAGGAUGAUUGUGAUUUUAAUACCUCCCUAUUAGCUUCGUGCAAUCUGUCUUCCUUCUCGCCGAGUCAGGCCAAGAGCACACCAGUGGGGGAUAUCCAGGAUCACUUAACAAUAAUGAAAGAUCGGGCACUUUUCAACAAAAACUUCAUGAGUCUGUCAGGUGCCGAUAUCAGCCCAUGCAGCAUAGGAACUAGUAACGAGAACUCGAGGAAGAACCGAUAUGUCAACAUCACUACAUUUGAUCACUCCAGGGUAGCAUUGACGUCCAAUGACGAGGAGGAAAAUUACUAUAUCAACGCUAGCUACAUUGAUAGUUUUGAACAACCAAAGGCUUACAUUGCAACACAAGGGCCGCUGAAACACACGGUCGGCGAUUUCUGGAGAAUGAUUUGGAAGGAACGCUCGGAAAAGAUCGUCAUGUUGACAGAAUUACAGGAAAAUGAAAAGAUAAAAUGUGUGCAGUACUGGCCGGACGAGAAUAAGAAAAUGUCUGUUGAUAACCUCACUAUAACAAUGGAGAACGAAUACCACUUCCCUGUCUACAAGCUAAGGUCUUUCUACAUCACCGAUAGUCAGUCACAGGAAUCUAGGAAAGUGACACAGUUCCAGUUUACUGCUUGGCCGGACCACGGUGUCCCGGAAGCCUUUCCGUUGAUUAUGUUCCAUGACCGUGUGACCAGUCAACACUCGGACAUGACAGGCCCUAUGGUUGUACACUGCAGUGCUGGAGUUGGUCGUACUGGAACCUUCAUCGCCAUCGAUGCUUUGAGUGAGCAGGGACGUAAGACGGGUCACGUGACUAUUCAUCUGUUUGUGGAGUAUAUGAGGAGAUGCCGACCUCGUAUGGUGCAGACGUUGAAUCAGUACGUGUUUCUCCAUUAUACUCUGAUGGAAAUGUUCCUCAGUCCGGAAUCCUUGGUCAAGGCUGAAAACUUGCGCGAAAAAUGGAAAAUCAACAGCAAUGGAGUAAACAAACACACUAACCAGGAACGGUUCAAGAGACUCCAACAACUCCGUCUAAGGUAUGGGGGUGAGGCGUACUCGGCCGCACACCAGGAACACAAUUCCAGGAGGAACGGAACAACAGUGUUACCAGUGGAUGACUACAGAGUGAAGCUAGACGAUGGUGAAGAGGAUUAUAUCAAUGCUGUAACUUUACCGAACCUUGGAAGUAAGCCUGACUACAUUGUUACUGAGAUACCAUUGUCUUCUACAACAGAACAGUUCUGGCAGAUGAUACAUGAACAGGAAUGUAACGUAAUAGUCUGUCUUGAUCAUCCUCUAGAUGAACCGGGCGUGUAUGUUCUCCCUGGUACAGAACAGGAGAAGACCUAUGGGGCUUUCUCUGUGAGACAUAAAGACACUGUGUUAGGACCACACGACAUAGAGAGGAAGGCCUACAUCUUGACACGUGAUAAGGAGGAGAACGAAGUGGCGGUGUUUUACUUGUCAACAUGGAAUACGGAAGACCAGCUACCUCCGACCUGUGCUAGCCUCAUUUCUCUACACCAGGAGACGCAAAAAUGGCAAGAGGACAGAGGUCACAGUCGAGUCACGGUCGUAUGUAGGGAUGGAGCUGAACGAUGCGGGUUGUACUGCGCUGUGUGUAACAUUGUGGAAUGCAUCGACUGGUAUAAUCGUGUGGACAUCUUCCGUUCAGUUCGGCAUCUACAGAUCCGCAGGCCUGAGGUUAUACAGAGCCAGGUGCAGUAUUCCUAUUGCUUUGACGUGGCGGUAGCCUAUACGGAUACAUCUGAUGGAACCUGUAUCAAACUCCCGGACGAUACCAUUGUCGUGUCUCCGACUACAUUAUGUUCCGGGAGUAUGGACCAUUUGGAGGUCUCAAUGUACGACAAACAUACUCAAAACGUUGUUUUUUUUAUAACUGGGUGGGUGUACUAUUAUAUUGAUAGCUAAUCAAUGCUACAGCGCAGCAUUAAUUCAGUCCUAAUAAAGUGUAUUAAAAGUUGGUUGAAUGUU